AUGUCUUCAGCUCCUCUUCUUCAAACAACUCCUGGUAAGAGAAUCGCUCUGCCAACCAGAGUCGAGCCCAAAGUGUUUUUCGCCAACGAGAGAACGUUUCUCUCGUGGUUGAACUUCACUGUCAUUCUGGGCUCGCUGGCUAUCGGAUUGCUCAACUUCGGUGAUAAGGUGGGUAGAAUCUCAGCCUCUCUGUUCACACUGAUUGCCAUGGGAACCAUGGUUUACGCAUUGAUUACAUACCACUGGAGGGCCAGUGCUAUUAGAAGACGUGGAUCCGGACCGUACGAUGACCGGUUCGGCCCAACCAUGCUGUGUUUCUUCCUGCUGAUUGCGGUGAUUUCUGACGCCAUCACUAUCAGAACCAGAAAGGUCAUCACCAACCCGCUGUUGAACAGAAGACAAUUUGUCAUUGACGUGAUCCACCCAAACAGAGCCAACGUGUCCAAGGAUGAACUGAGAGACCAGCUUUCUGCCUUGUACAAGGUUGAGAAGGACUCUGUUUCCGUGUUCGGAUUCAGAACCGCUUUCGGUGGUGGAAAGUCCACUGGUUUCGGUCUUGUUUACAACUCUGUUGCCGACGCUAAGAAAUUCGAGCCAUCAUACAGACUUGUCAGAUACGGUCUUGCCCAAAAGGUUGAGAAGGCUUCGAGACAACAAAGAAAACAAAAGAAGAACAGAGGUAAGAAGGUCUUCGGUACUGAGAGAAAGGCCCAGAAGAAGGCUGCUAAGAGAAAUGCUGAUUAG